CCGAGGUGAAGACGCGAUGACCCGUGGCAACCAGCGAGACGUGGACCGCGCGCGCGCGCAGGCGCGUCAGGCCAAGCACGCCAAGAACACCAGCCAGGGCAACCCGCUGGCCAAGCGCGAGGCCGACGCGAAGGCGCUGCAGGAGAAGAUCGCGCGCAAGGCGGCCAUGAAGGCGGAGGGCGGCGACGCCAACGCCAACGGCAAGAACAACAAGAACGGCAAGCAGCAGCAGAAGAAGAAAUAGACACUCGCAGCGGCUGCAGAAGCCCCUAUCUAUUGGUCAGAUUAAGGAUCAAGGCAGGGGGACAACGAUAGGGACGGCCAGGAUUAGAGAGGAUUUCUCUGCGGACGGACGCGUCGGCACUCUCGAAGGAGAGGAACUGACUGGUCGAGCGGACUUGUAUAUCUACCACGUCAAGUGUGGGUCUGUCUGGCAGUACAGAGCAGUUCACUCGUGUCGGAGAGUGACGGCAAAGCUGUUGUAGGAAGCAGAGAAGAAGAAGAGAGAGAGAGAGAGAAUGAAGGAAGCG